AUGGACUCCACCCCCAUUCAACCCCAAUCCAAGCCCUCGGUUCCAAAACUCCCCGUCAAACGCAAAACCCCCGACCCAAAUCCAGAUCCGAGCCCAGAACCAAUCGGCGACAGAUCGCCGCCGUUCAAGUUCCAUCGAAUAUGGACCGAACCGGACGAGAUCCGGUUCUUGCAGGGCCUCCUCGAUCGCUCAUCUCAGAGCAUGGCCUUCCCAAGGGAUCUGGGGAAUUUCUACGCCCGGUUCUCCAAAACCAUGUCGCAGCCGUACACGAAAUCGCAGCUGUCGGAGAAGCUCCGGAGGCUCAAAAAGAAGUUCCGGGUCACAUCAGCCCGUCUAUCCAAGGGCCUCGGCCGAUCGCAGUUGUCCACGCACGAUCGCGCGCUCUACGACCUGUCCAAGCAGCUAUGGCACCCGGAUUACGCUUCCACCUCGCCUUUCUGUGGCGCUAGGAAUGUGAGUUUGAGUCACAGUCAUAAUAAUAUCAAGGAUAUUACCGAUGGUGGUGGUGGUGGUGGCAGUAGUAGUAGUGAUGGAAAAGCGAAAAAAUCGAGUCUUGUUGGGAUUAAGGUCGAUUUUUCUCCGACAUUGCCUGCGAUCAUGUCUGGGGGUUGUGAAGAUGGCGGGCCCACUUUCGAAGAUUUUCAGGAGGAGCACGAUCGAGAUGAGGGAGUUAACUUGAGUGAGGUGAAUGUGAAGUUAGAAGAAGAGAAUGGAACUAUGGAGGAUGACGAGGGCUAUGACAUCGAUGCUGAGGUGAUCGGGAAAGGGCAGAACUGUCAUUUUGUGCAUGAGAGUGAAGUGGGGGAGCUAGCGGCGAAAGUGGUGAUGAAUGUGUUUGAUGAUUGUUUUAAUGACUUGAGAAGGAGAUUUUCAGGUGGUGAAGGGGUGAGUGCCGAGAGUUUUCAGGUUCGGUGGCAGAGGCAAAGGAUUGCGGAAUUGGAUGUUUUAGGGGGCCGGUUGAGGUUGGUUCUUGAGAAUUCUCUAAGAAAGGAUUGA